UCCCAUUCCCUCAAGAGGACCGUGUCACUCCAGACCGGGGAGUGUGAGUCUUUAUCUGGGUUCUGUUUCCUCCGUGGGGCACCAGGUCCUGGGCAAGAGAACUUGGCAGGCUCUCCCCAUGGCGGUCUUAUUCCUCCUUCUGUUCCUAUGUGGCCCCCCGCAGGCUGCUGCAGACAAUAUCCAGACCAUCUAUGUAGCCUUGGGGGAGGCAAUGGAGCUGCCAUGUCCUGCACCACCCACUCUGAGUGGAGACGAACUCCUGUCCUGGUUCCGCAGCCCUGCAGCAGGCUCCUCCACUGCCCUGGUGGCCCAAGUCCAAGUGGCCAGGCCUGGGAGGGGGCCUUCCCCAGAGCCUGGGAAGUCUGUAAGGGCAUCCAGGCUCAAACUGCUGGGGAACUACUCUUUGUGGCUGGAAAAGUCCAAAGAGGGAGACGCCGGUCGGUACUGGUGUGCUGUUCUGGGUCAGCACCACAAGUACCAGAACUGGAGGGUGUAUGAUGUCUCCGUGCUCAGAGGAUCCCAGCUAUCCGCGAGGGCUGCGGAUGGAUCCCCCUGCUCCGUCCUUUUAUGCUCUGUGGCCCCUGCCAGACGCCUAGACUCUGUGACCUGGCUAGAGGGAAGGGGUCCUGUGAGGGGCCAUGUACAGUCAUUUUGGGGUGAUGGGGCUGCCCUGCUCUUGGUGUGUCCUGGGGAACAGCUCUCUGAGUCCAGGGAACAUAGACCAAGAAUCAUCAGCUGCCUCAUGCCUCAUAACAAAGGGGUCAGCUUUAGCCUAGCAGCCUCCAUGGAUGCCUCCCCUGCCCUCUGUGCCCGUGCCACGGGCUGGGAUGUAUCCUGGAUCCUGAUGCUGUUGCUUGCAGCAGGUCAGGGGUUCACCAUCCUGGCCCUCAGCAUCAUGCUCUGGAGACAGAGGGUCCAGAGGGCUCAGUGCAGAGGAAACCAAAUGAGGUGCUAUGACUGCAAAGGAGGCCCCAGCAGCUCCUGCAAAGAAACCGUGGCCACCUGCAGGGAGGGAGAACGCUGUGGCUUCCUGGAGCGCAAACCCCAGCCAGGCCUGGGACCGAACAAGCUAUCUGGAAACCCCUCAGUGACCUUGAUUCAUCACUAUCCAGCCUGCGUGGCGGCCCAUCAUUGCAAUCAAGUGGAAACAGAGUUGGUGGGAGAUGUGACUUACACAACCCACAGAGACUGCUGCGUCGGAGACCUGUGCAACAGCGCCGUCGCAAACACUGUGGCCCUGCCAUGCCUCCUGGCUGCAACAGCCACCACACUGGCCUGGCUCUUGCCAGCACUGUAAAGAGGGUAGUAGGCUCAAGGGAAGGGAAGGGCACAAGGGAGCGAGGGAACAAAGGAGAUUCGAGGUGAGAAGACAAACAGCCCUCUGUGAGCCAUUAAAAUCUAUCCACCACCCUA